GAAGAAACGAACCAACUGAUAGAAGGAAGAAAAGCCAGGCAUGGCGGCUCGUGCAGUCUCUCACACGCACAGUCAGCUUCUUCUGUAGUCCACGCUUGCCCUCGAUCCCUCGCCCUCUCACGCCACCGUCGCAUCACUCGUCCGCUGUGUUACUAGUCUCACCUCGAGUCCCGAACUUAUGAGCGACCAAACCCAGACCCAGACCCAGAACCACACCGAACCCCAGCCAAGCCAUGACCCAGCCUCCUCCUCAUCCGCCGCCGCAACCACCCCUGAGGUAAUCAACGCCCCGCCGCUGCAAUCCGCCUCUCCUCCGUCCAAAAUCCCCCUCCGCCCGCAGAAGAUCCGCAAGCUCUCGCCCGAAUCGUCCACGCCCGACCCGAAGCCAUCCGCCGCCAGUGCUAGCGCUAAAUCGAAGACCGCCAAUGCCUCCUCCUCCUCCUCCUCCUCUUCCGCGAAGCCCUCCAAAAACCGAAUCGUCACUCCGCGAGCCCUCGCUCUCCCCCGGAUAGUCGCUCGCUCCCUGUCCUGCGACGGUGAGGUCGAGGCCGCCAUCCGCCACCUCCGCGACGUGGAUCCCCUGCUCGCGACGCUCAUCGACCACCAUGCGUCGCCUACAUUCGACUCCUUCCUCACUCCGUUCCGUGCCCUCACGAAGAGCAUUCUCUACCAGCAAUUAGCCUACAAAGCCGGCACCUCGAUCUACACGCGCUUCAUUGCUCUCUGUGGUGACGAGGCUGGGGUCCUUCCCGAGACUGUGCUCGCGCUAGACCCGCACCAGCUUCGGCAAAUCGGGGUUUCGGCUCGCAAGGCAAGUUACCUUCAUGAUUUAGCUAGGAAGUACCAGAAUGGGAUAUUAUCUGACUCCGCAAUUGUAAAUAUGGAUGAUAAGUCGCUGUUUACGAUGCUCACCAUGGUCAACGGAAUUGGGUCUUGGUCGGUUCACAUCUUCAUGAUUUUCUCGUUGCAUAGACCAGAUGUUCUGCCGAUAAAUGACCUCGGAGUGCGGAAAGGAGUACAGCUUCUUUAUGGGCUCAAGGAAUUGCCCAGGCCAUCACAGAUGGAUCAAAUGUGUGAGAAAUGGAGGCCAUAUCGUUCAGUUGCGUCGUGGUACUUGUGGAGGUUUGUGGAGUCGAAGGGUGCACCUUCGAGUGCUGCAGCUGUUGCAGCCGGUGCUAGCCUGCAGCAGCAACAGCAGCAGCAACAGCAGCAGGUAGAAGAGCAGCAACAACACCACCCGCAGCAGCCACAGCUGCUGGAUCCUAUAAAUAGCAUUCUUAAUCUUGGGUAUAAUGCGUUUCACUUCAGUUCCUAGUGUAGCAAAUGCUGCAAUGCAAAUUAUUAGAAUUGUUUAAUAUGUGUGCUUUUAUGAAAUUAUCUGGUUCUUGGUUAGAAACAGAUCAUUUCUUUGUUUAUAAAUGUCAUUUGUCAUGCUUUGUCAUUAUUGGUCCUGGUGGAUCUCGAAAGCUGAAAUACUGGGGGCAGUGUGCGCUAGUUUGUUUGUUGAGGUGGUUUUGUACAAUGCAAUUGUAUUACACUCCAGUAUUAGUCUGAAGGAGGACCUUUUAUAUUUUAAAAAGACAAGUGUGUUCUGUUGAUCUGGAUGACUGUCGGAUUUUUUAAGUUUGUCGAGUACAUGCUGUAGUGUUAGCUGUUAUGUUAGUAUCUCUCUCGAUGGUGUUGGAUUAGUAGCUAGAUCUGUACAAUCGUGCUCUUUGUACUGUUAAGCCAAUGACUGCAGAUUUGAAAUAGGACCCAAGAAUUGCUGGGUUGGUUCCUAUCUUCCCCCUUCCCCUACUUGCCUAUUGAAGGAUGAAACUGGAAAGCUUGUUGUAUGCACUCAUUGUACAUGAUUUUUGACAAUAUAUCUAGAUCAUCUGAGCAUAUAAAUCAUCUUAAAUGUAUUCUAAGUGCCUAUGUCAUCAUCCUAUAAUUUUUUUGUGUUCUUUGUUUCGCUUUAAGGUAAUUAUGCUUCUGUGAGUUGGUUAUCACAUUGGGCAAUAGAUACGAUUUUCAUCAGAUGCUGUUUUGCCAAAGCCUUAGAUUGAUGGUGGAGAUUUUCUGGUAGUGAAAUUUUGGCUAGUUAAGAAUAUGCAGGUUCAUAACCUGCUAUUUUUGCACAGGAAGGGGAAACAAUAAGGAUUUACACAUUUAGUGUUGAAUGUGUUAAUUAUCUUCCAUGACUACUUAUGUAUGCCCAUUGCCAUAUCAAGUAGGCGAGAAAUCCUCCUCUGGAACUAACAUAUGAUGUUUUGUCUUACGGUUUUAAGAUGUGGAAACCGCAAUGCGUGGCAGAUGUUGAAAGGUUCAGUAUAUACAGUUUGGGCUUUGUCCUUUUUCAGUUGGUUAUAACUUUCUUAAGUCUGUUGCCAACUGGUGAUAUAAAAAUGUACUUCAAUGUGUGGUGUUUGAUAAGAACGGUCUAUGUGUACCGAGUGUCAAUAGAGUUCUAUGGUGUUUCCUGAGAUUUAUGUUAGGAAAUGAUGUGUCCACAAAUUGCUCUGUGGUCAUCCUGCAUGGGUUUUAGGUAGCAUGCAUAGGUGUACCUUUGUGCUGCCUUUUUUAAUAUGAUGCUUCUUUUGUGCUCAUAGCCAUGCUUUUGGUCUUUUAUGGUUGCACAUGAGGUUUAUUUGAGUUCUAUAUGCUUUUUGUUAGAAGUACGUGAUUGUAAUUGAUUUUUGUCAACCAUGCUUUCCAGCAAGCAAUCCUGCUAUAAAAGAUACAGGUGCUUAAUUCUCGGGAUGCGUGCAAGUCUGUGGGACAGAGCUUGCGUAUAGAAAGUU